GCCCAUUUCUGAGAGCCACUGUUCAGGAUCAGCAGCACUACAUGUGCCGCUGCAUUGUGAACAUUGUUCUCCAGUCGACACUGACACCCAGUGUCAGUGAAGGGAACGGACGCAAGUGGUGCCGUGAAAAAUGUUACUUCACAACCUGCCUUGCGUCAAUAAUAAUGGUAUUUUCUGGCUAACAAUAACGUGUGCACUUCUAUCAACCGGCACUGCCCUCAUCUGCAUGCACAUAAUUUGUUGUCAGUAAGAUGCACACUUGCCUGAAGCAGGAUGUGCGCUAACCACGGAGCUGAGUAGUGGGCGUUGCAAGGUUUUAUUUUUUUUACCUGAGAGUGAAAAUCUUUAGCCUGCGGUGAUUCCGCAUUCAGCAGGAAGCCCAUCCUACCAGACUCCGCUGACAUUUCUCAAAAAACGGUAGUCUUCCCGUAGCUAUCGCUAAGCAACUUAAGAAUAACUACGUCUCAAAGUUAAUCUUCAAAAGCGAAAGUAUGGAAACAAUGGCGGACCUAAAGACUUUUUCAGAGGUAAUUACGCAAAUAUUACAAGAAGUGCCAAGUGCGAGGAAGGGUCUCUCGGACAACCAGACCAACCUGAACCAAGUGGCCGAGUACUGCGAGAAGAAGUACCUGCAGGCAGAGGAUCCAACGAAGGCUCUGGAGGAAACCAAGGCCUUGACCACCCAGGCGUUGGCCAGUGUGACAUAUCAGAUAAACAGCCUGGCGUCCACUUUGUUGAAGCUGCUGGAUUCUCAGGCCUCGCAGGUCAAAGACAUAGGCGCCGCUGUCAACAUCCUCUCUCAGACAGUGGCUGUUCACAAGGAGAAAGUGGCCAGGAGGGAGAUUGGCUCAUUUAGCAUCCCCAAAAAGAUUGCCCGUACCAAAUGUAUGACUUUACCCAAGUCAGGCAUAGAACCCCAGCGGCGCUACACCAGAGAACCCGUCUCCUUCAACACCCUGGACUGCAUUGGACACUCCUUUGAGAUCCCUGUUCAGCCCUCCAAGAAGAGACCGGGGAGUACAGGAAGCACACACUCCAUAAAACGUGGGCCUGUGGAGUGUCCCACGGUUCCUCCCACUCUACCCAGUGAGCCAAUCAGCAGUGCCAGUGACCGUUACGGGUCCAGCCUUGGCAUCGCCGUGGCCCCUCCGUCCGUUCCCUCCUUCUCUUCUGGAUCCAACUUUGGCGGUGACAGCCUACCUCCUCCUCCUCCUCCUCCGUCUGAACCUGGCUAUUCAGACUCAUCUCCACCCCCACCCCCGCCUCCCCAG